CUUUUGUUUAAAAUCUAAAAGCUACGUCGUUUCGAAGUCCAGCCGCUCGGCCUCACCGUCCCCCUCUCUCUCUCUCUAUCACUCAGUCUCGCCGGCAGGUUGCUGCUGUCCACUCUCCCAACGUCGAGACCGAGCUGCUGUGGCGCUGUGGCUCCCUACGAGCCCUACAGCCCGAGCCACUGCUGCUGUCCACCGAGCCCGAGCCCGAGCCCCAGCUGCUUCUGCUCUAUGCUUUCCCAGUCGGUCGAGCCGCUGCGGCUCCCUGCCGAGCCCCUGCUGUUGCUGCUCUCUUGCCCUCCCAGUCGAGUCGAUCUGCCCCUGCUGGAGCCCGAGCUGAGCUGCUGCUGCCGCUGAUCCCUCCCCCUUCCAGGCGGUUGCUAGUGCCUUUCGAAACUAUGUGUUGAUUCAGCUUCUCACAAUGGAGGAGGGAGGAAAGAUAUUAAAGGCCAGUUUGGCAGAGGAUGAAUAUGGAGAUACUGAGAUGCUUGAUGCAGAGGAGGGUGAGUUAGUUGAUCCCGAUAUUGUGAAUGAUCCUGGGCAGUCAAAUGUUCAUGAUUCUGAGGGUUUAAAGCAAGAGAAGGAAAGCAAAAACCGCAGACAGAGGGCGAACAAGACGAAGAACAAGAAAAAGAGGAGUGGCCCUGAGCCUAAUGUCACAGAUAUUAACAGAUUUGUUCUUGAUACUUGUAGAAGACUGAGGGAAAAGAAAUCCUACAUGGUGUAUACUGCUGUCUGUUGUCUCGGGGUUUUUGCACUUAGUGACCUUGUCAGAGAGGUGGAUGCAAUUCAGGCUUGUGGAGGUCAGAUGACUGCUGAUGGGAAACGCCAAAAAACAGGUGGGGGGAUACUCUGGGGCAUCAUCAAAGUAAGAGAACCGAAUGCCUACAGAGAAAUUAUGAAGAGGGCCAAGGAAUUUGAGAGGCAAUUUAAGCCGCAGAAUGCUGUACGAGCAGCAGUUCAAGGGAAUAAGGCAUCUCCAAAUCCAACCUCAGAGGGAAAUCCGGCUGGUUUUCCUGAGGCUUCUGAUGGUUCUCCUCGGGUAGAAAAUCGAACUGGGCACCCCCAUGCUGAUGAGACUCCGAAACCCAUCAAGGAUCGGAUGAGAGUACCCAUCUCAUAUGAGGACAUAAUAGAUGACGCAGAGGGAACGACCUGAGUGUUGCAUCCACCUAGGUUCGAGAUGAUGUACAGUUAUGGAGCUUAACAAUAGUAGAUGUACAGUUUGAAGAAUCGCCUGCAGAGACGUGCUUUCCUAUAGUGCGACUACGACUUGGAUUGCAAUGCGGGUUUAACAUUUCUUUCUUAUGGUUUGCCAUUUGUUAUUAACCAUUACUCAACGCAUCUCUUGGGAUUGUCGGAAGAGAAGAAGGAUGACACAUAUUUGCAAAAGAGGAAUUUUUCCCAUUUUGACAUUCGAUGGUUCGAUGCGAUGAGAGUUGGCGAACUUGAAUUUCUGCCUGUAAACAGCUUACACAUUCUCUCUCCCGGUGAAAUAGAUGUCGAGGACGAAUCACCCUUCAAGA